ACCUGGAGGAGGAAACAACAGUGGAGACCUCAACUUAAAGACAAUAUGCCUUUCACCGCUGCAGUAUCCUCCUUUUUCUCUUUUGGUUAAAAGAGAACAUUGUAGUCCUGAGCCACGUGGUCUGUAUAAUUAAGAACUGACACUGAAGCAGAGUAACAACAGCUUCUAAUUUUUUACCCCUGAUCACAGGUGCAAACAUCUCAAACCAGUUCAGAUGUUGCUGUUUCCUCAAGUUGCAGGUCUAUGGAAAUGCAGGAUCUAACCAGCCCGCAUAGCCGUCUGAGUGGUAGUAGUGAAUCCCCCAAACUCGAUAACUCUCAUAUAAAUAGUAAUUCCAUGACUCCCAAUGGCACCGAAGUUAAAACAGAGCCAAUGAGCAGCAGUGAAAUAGUUUCAACAACAGCAGACGGGUCUUUAGACAAUUUCUCAGGUUCAGCCAUUGGGAGCAGUAGCUUCAGCCCAAGACCGUCUCACCAAUUCUCCCCACCACAGAUUUAUCCUUCCAACAGACCAUACCCACAUAUUCUCCCUACCCCUUCCUCACAAACUAUGGCUGCAUAUGGGCAAACACAGUUUACCACAGGAAUGCAACAAGCUACAGCCUAUGCCACGUACCCACAGCCGGGACAGCCCUAUGGAAUUUCCUCCUAUGGUGCAUUGUGGGCAGGCAUCAAGACUGAAGGUGGAUUGUCACAGUCUCAGUCACCUGGACAGACAGGAUUUCUCAGCUAUGGUACAAGCUUUGGGACCCCUCAACCUGGACAGGCACCGUAUAGCUACCAGAUGCAAGGUAGCAGUUUUACAACAUCAUCGGGAUUAUAUACAGGAAAUAAUUCACUCACGAAUUCCUCUGGAUUUAACAGUUCACAGCAGGACUAUCCAUCGUAUCCCAGCUUCGGCCAGGGUCAGUAUGCACAGUAUUACAACAGCUCGCCGUACCCGGCACAUUACAUGACAAGUAGCAACAGCAGCCCAACGACGCCGUCCACAAAUGCCACUUACCAGCUUCAGGAACCACCAUCUGGCAUCACCAGCCAAGCAGUGACAGAUCCCGCAGCAGAGUACAGUACAAUCCACAGCCCGUCAACACCCAUUAAAGAUUCAGAUUCUGAUCGAUUGCGUCGAGGUUCAGAUGGGAAGUCACGUGGACGGGGCCGAAGAAACAAUAAUCCUUCUCCUCCGCCAGAUUCUGAUCUUGAGAGGGUGUUCAUCUGGGACUUGGACGAGACAAUCAUCGUUUUCCACUCCUUGCUCACUGGGUCCUACGCCAACAGAUACGGGAGGGAUCCACCUACUUCAGUUUCCCUUGGACUACGAAUGGAAGAAAUGAUUUUCAACUUGGCAGACACACAUCUAUUUUUUAACGACUUAGAGGAAUGUGACCAAGUUCAUAUAGAUGAUGUCUCUUCAGAUGACAAUGGACAAGACCUAAGCACAUAUAACUUUGGAACAGAUGGCUUUCCUGCUGCGGCAACCAGCGCUAAUUUAUGCUUGGCAACCGGCGUGCGGGGCGGUGUAGACUGGAUGAGAAAGUUGGCCUUCCGUUACAGACGAGUAAAAGAGAUCUACAAUACCUACAAAAAUAAUGUCGGAGGUCUGCUUGGUCCAGCUAAGAGGGAAGCCUGGUUGCAGCUGAGGGCCGAGAUUGAAGCCCUGACAGACUCCUGGUUGACACUGGCCCUGAAAGCUCUCACACUCAUUCACUCCCGGACGAACUGUGUUAAUAUUUUAGUAACAACUACUCAGCUUAUCCCAGCAUUGGCGAAAGUCCUGCUGUAUGGAUUAGGAAUUGUAUUUCCAAUAGAAAAUAUUUACAGUGCAACUAAAAUUGGAAAGGAAAGCUGUUUUGAGAGGAUAAUUCAGAGGUUUGGAAGAAAAGUGGUGUAUGUUGUCAUAGGAGACGGUGUGGAAGAGGAACAAGGGGCAAAAAAGCACGCCAUGCCCUUCUGGAGGGUUUCCAGUCACUCGGACCUCAUGGCCCUACAUCAUGCCUUGGAACUGGAGUACCUGUAACAGCCAACUAGCGAUUUCAACGUUUUGAUGCCCAGCUGCUGUGGGUCCUCGCCUCUGCCCUUGUGGUAAAUGAAGGACCACAUCCCUUUCUUCAGAACAGCUGUUGACUCUAGUACUGUGAAUCCAAUGCAAAUAAGCCAUGAGAAUGUUCUAGCACAGUGUAACGUGUCUUGGCCACAUUAACUACAUGGUUCGAACCUGUGAAGAAAGGACCUGCAGACGCUUUACGUUUUUAGCAUCUUCAGCGUGACCUAAACAGCUUCUCCAAUACAGCAAACUUGAUUGCACAACAAAGACUGAAAUGGGUUUCCUGAUUACCAGUGGGGGGAUUUUCUUGUAAAGGUUUACUUUUAUGGUGUCUCAUACCCAGGGUCAUCUGUACAUCUCUACUUAUUUAUGAACAGACUUUUUAAAAAAAAAAAAAAACAAAAACACAGCUUUAUCGAGGUAUAAUUCAGGAACCACACAGUUCAUGCGAACAGACUUUUUUGACAUCAGAUAACUGAAGAGACAGUAGCGUGAUGAGAGAGAAGCGACUGAAGGCUUUGGCCUCACGACACAGCAAGUACUUUGAAUUUUAGCACAUUGCAAAGUAGUUUAAAAUAUGUCUAAUUUAAACGUAUAAUAUGUACAUCACUGAGACAAUCAUGUACAGAAAGAAUUUGGGGUGUAAAUUUGUAAUAAUGGAUGAUUCUUUUACAUAUUGUUUAGGAAAAUGAUAUUGAAAGGUAGCAAUGCCUUGAUAGUGAAGUAUGAGGCAGGAUAUGCACAGACGUGCAGUGCCUUCUUGAAGUACUGGGUAUAAAUAUGUAGAUAAUGGAUUUUUUUUAAGAUCAUGUUGUCAAGACCAAAAGCAUGGAUGUCAAGUGUCAAUAAGAUUUUGUUUUCCAAUUUUCUUUCCCCAUCAGUUCUUUUUUUAUGCUGUUAGGAGGGCCUUGGUCAAAGAACACAGCAGUGUCUGUCUUAAAUAAUUUUGGGGAAAAAAGCCCUCUUAAAACCUCACUUUUUCAUUUUCAACACUAAUGUAGUAUAUGUAACUACUUGGAAAAAGAUUAUUCCAACGCUCCUUCCCACAGAAAGAAUGUAGAUGAUGGAUAUAUUUUAUUAAUGAAAUGGUUCAUGAAUUGGACACUAGCAAAGUUAUCAUGUGCUCAGAUGAUAUUUUCUCGUUUAAGGAAGGACAUUACCACAUAUCUGGAAAUCAGCAAAACUUUGUAUUACUUCCUACAUUCGUGUUCCUUCUGUUUUCCUCCACACUCAUCUGCCACCUCCCACCCCACCCUCCCAGGAAAGUUCAUUGCCAGCAGGGGACACGGCCCGGUCAUCACCAAGAAAAUAAUGCUACUCUUCACCCCCAUUCUGUAUUACAUGACAAGCAUAAACCUGGGAAAUAAAAUUUGUCACCUUUGUAAUACCCUAAUAAAGUUUCUCCAAAAGUGAUCGAUCAGUUUAUCUAGACACUAGUUUCUCUCAUCUAAAGCCUUCCAUUGUCAUGAAAUUACUUUUUGGAUGAAUUUUCUUUCAUAGUAUAUUGGGGGGGAAAAAAUAACACCAGCUUUGACCCAAAGUAGCUAAGGAAAGAGCUACUCUAUCCUUUUCUGAAGUUUCAUGUUGUUGCUGCUAGAAUUAGUCAGUUGUGAAUUUCUCAAAAUUGUUUAAUCAUUGAAUUUUGUUUUUCCUCUUUUGCUUGAAGCAAACAGAAGUCGACAAUUUUUCAGCCUUUCCAUUUUACAUUUUUGUACUCUGCAGACUGAAAAGACAAAGUUUAAU